CACCUUGAAUGCAGUGAGGGAGAAGCCGUACAGAAACAGGCUCUCAGUCAGGCUAAAUUUAGAAAAAAGCCUAUCGGGAAUGACGCAACUUGCUCCGAGUUGAGAACGCUCAGAAGGUCCGGUUAAAAUUCCGUUAAAAGUUUUAAGUACCAAACCAUGGCAGGGAAGCCAGUGCUUUUCAGCGAUGACUACAACGCAGCGUUUGAGCCCGAGACAUACUUGAGCACUUACUACAAUGACCCCUCUCCUAACCCAGUAGUCGGCGACAUGAUGACCUUCGGCCUGACCCAGUUUCACGAGGCUUUUGCUUCAGGAAACAUCAAGGGGAGACAACUGCUUGACUUUGGUACAGGACCCACUAUACACACAAUCAUCAGCUCAUCUCAACACUGUGAAAGCAUCUUACUGGCGGAGUUCUCAUUGAAAAACAGAGACACCCUGAAACAAUGGCACAAUGGGGAGCUGAAACAUAGUUUUGCCAAAUUUAUUGACUGUGUUCUCAAACUGGAAAGAAAAGAGGAUUCUGUGUCUAACAGAGAAGCCAGCAUGAGAGAGAAAGUGUCUGGCAUCAUACCGUGUGACAUCCGAAAUGAGAACCCCUUUGCUCCAUGCUUCAUCCCCGCUGCUGACAUCAUCACAUCCUCCCUGUGCAUAGAAUCAGUGGCCCUGAGUAUUCCAGAAUAUGAAUCUUAUUCAGCGCGACUUGCUUCAGUCCUGAGACCUGGAGGACACCUUGUUCUUUUCGGCUGUGUUGGGGGAUCUUUCUAUACAAUUGGUAGCAGUCGCUUCUCCAGCUUUGGUAUGACCAGCUCAGAGAUACAGGCAGCAUGGACCAAAGCUGGUUUGGAGAUUGUAACCUGGAAGGAAGGUCGUCGACCAAAUCCAGAACAGAAGGAGAUCUCGGAUACUGAUGGAUUAUUCACUUUGGUAGCAAAGAAGCCGAAGGCGUAAAAACAGAAGUUAUUAAAUUUCAUAAAACUGAAAGAUAUAUUUUCCUAUCCAGAAAUGUAAAUUAUACAUCAUUAACAAACAGUACAUCAGAAAACGAAUUACCACCUAUUACAGUAUGAUAUGUGCACUGUUUUGAUAGAUUUCAACAGGUUUUUUCUAGUGUCCAUUGUCAAUAUUGUUCUAGACCUUGUCAUUAGUAUCAUACAGAGACUCUGUCAAUGCUAGAUUGAUAAACAUAUUAAAACGUGAAGUUAGAGUUAGAAGACAAACUGGACAGUAAUCUCAAUACAGACAAAUAAAGUCCAGGCUCCAUACCAGAAAUUUGUAAUUUGACCAAUUUCAAGGCAUUCAUUUGGGUACUUCCGAUUCGACCCUAAUUUCAAACAUAUUUGGCUGUCCUAAGGAUAUACAAGGAGGUACUUUCUUAAGGUUGAGAAUGUUUCUUUCAAAUGUAGCAUGGGUAUUUCCAAUCAUGCACAUAUUUUAAUAAUCACAUGCUUCUUAACCCUAUAGUAAGACUGAUACAACUCAUGCUAUCACAACGCAUACCUUUCAUACCCUUUAACACUGUGUUGUUCUGAGUGACAUCCUCCUCACGUUCACAUAACUGUUGCGUACUAGUACAAUGAGAGUUAAAUGGGGGUAGAAUAGGUCUUCAGCAACCCAUGCUUGUCGUAAAAGGCGACUAUGCUUGUAAGAGGCGACUAACCUGGUCGGGUGGUCAGGCUCGCUGACUUGGUUUAAGCAUGUCAUCGUAUCCAAAUUGUGUAGAUCGAUGCUCAUGAUAUCAACCACUGGAUUGUCUGGUCCAGACUCGAUUAUUUACGGACCGCCGUCAUAUAGCUGGACUAUUGCUGAGUGCGGCGUUAAACAACAAACAAACACAACAUGAUGGGGGGUGUAGAAGUGAGGGAGGGGGAUCAGGGGUAAUAUUUAAUAUUUACCUCAGAGCGUCAGUCCAAGACACGUACUGGAGCCAGUCCCAACGACAUCCUCACGAAGCACCGUGCAUGCAGCAUUCCAGAAUAACUUGACAGGGAUCCAGUAGCAUGCUACAAGAUGUAUGGGGAAGUUCGUCCUACUUCGAUGCUUCAACAAGACAGUCCUUUUUUUCCUCGCCAUUACUCAUGGAGGAAAGGCAGGUUCGCCCUGGUACAAGAAUUCUGCAAUGGGUUUAAACAAAUUUUACAGCAUAAUGAAUGAGAUGAGGGAUGGAUCCAAAGUUUCUAAAGACAAACGCAUAUCUUGGUAUUGGUAAAAUUAAUAAUAUUACUAUUAAUAAUGUUAUGUGAAGUAAAAUCAUUUAUAUUUUGUGUAUUCACACAUAGUUUUCUUUUAUUGUUCCUUGAUCAAACUAAUUGAAUAAGUAGAACUAUAGAAAGUGGCCACAAGUUAUUUCGUCCAAGAAUAGUAUGAUAAUUAAUAAGAAAAUAAUAAUCGAUGAAUUAUAUGUGUCACUUUCUGAGAAAGUACCUUGUACAGAACCUGGUGGAUGAAGAUAUUUCUCCUGAUCUGUUCAUGGGAGUAUAAGGUAACUUCAAUGUAUUUCCAUUGAAGUUACCUUAUACUCCCAUGAAUAAUAUAAUGAACAUUACACAAUUAUAUUAAAACACAGACACACAUAUAUUUUCCUAUUAUAAUAAAAUUUUAUGUUUGGAAACAUGAUGAUUAUAGCAAGACUUGCGAAGACCUAAUAUGUUUCAUAUUUUAAAUUUUGUUUGUACGACCUCUGUGUUUAAUAUUUGUUUUUGUCUCUGUUGUGUAUUGGCCUAAGUGCCUUGGAACUAUUUUGCAACACAAUGACUUGUUUGAUAGUUUACAAUUUGUCUGUACGACUUCUGUGUUUAAUUUUUAUUUUGUCUCAGUAUAUAUGGGCCUUAGGUCUUCAUGCGAAUAAACUUCUUCUUUCCCUC